CACGGAAGUGUCGUACCGGAAGAAAUUUUACUCGACUUUGGGCGAGUAAAGAGUCGUGCGUUACACGAUGCUGGAAAAGGGAGCGCGGAAGAAGACACGGAAAGGAAGUGACAAGAAGAGCCCAGAUUCUCUCGAUGCUGGCCAUGGAGGAGCGAAAAGGAGGAAAAUGGCAGAAGAUGAGCCAAAGUCUCAGGGAGAGAGUGGAAAAAAGCGUCUGGAUGCAAUGAGUGUGGGUUAUUUCCGGCGAGUUGGGGAGCGACUGAGUGAAGACUUUGAAGAUGCUGAGGAGAGAGUGAUGUUUGUGGAAAACGUCCUCAGUGAAGUCAAAGGUAAAGCAACCCUGGUGGCAAUGGAUUGCACGGGAAGUGUCACGCUACAGCGCCUUCUUCCGCUGUCCAGUCCCGACCAGGUGGCAGAGGUGCUCUCUGAGCUGGGUGGCGAAUCCGGGACAGAGUUCAAGGCCGUUUCUUGUGACCGAUGUGGCGGCCAUGUAGUGGAGAGUGCGGUCAGACAGGUGUCCAGGGCGACAGAGCCAUCUGCCACUGCCGAUAAAGAGGAGGAGGAUAGCGAUGGUGUUCUGGAAGUCCAGGUGUUGUCUUUAACUCGAGUGGUAAGAGACAACAGCGCAGAGCUCAUCAGGCAUGUUCACGGCUCUCACGUGGUCCGCACACUUUUACAUGUGCUGGCUGGCUGUGUAGGACCUCCUCGCACUGAAUCCCGUCCAGGUGCAAAAGGCCGCAAUGCUUCUCCUCAGCUGACAGACUUUGAGAUUCCGACAUCGUUUUGGUAUGAGCUGAAAAGCCUCACAGAGAGUCUGAUGGACAAUGUUAAACUCAGCAUCACAAACUCUGUUGCCAGUGCAGUGUUCCAGACUAUGUUGACCGUGUGUCACAGGAAACGACCCAAACUCUGCAAACAGCUCCUCAAUCGCAUCGUGGAGUACCUGAACAGUUGCCGUUCUGCCCCAGGUGUCAGCCCCCUUCUGGUUUUCCUCAAGGACCAGGCCUCCAGUCAUCUUAUUGAAACCAUCAUUCAGCUGUCGCACAAGUCUGUCCUUCGUGACCUUUACAAGAACCACCUCAAGGGUCACCUGGUCGACCUUGCCCUCCAUCCAAUCGGUAACUUCCCCAUACAAAGGCUGACGGCAGCCACGGCCAAAAACAAGCUGUUCCAGAGCUUGUUUGAUGAGAUGCUCCAAGGUGUGGAGGCCAUCUUGGCAGCAGGUCACAUGGGUGUAAUAGUGCAGCUGGCAGAAAGCUGUGCUGAAAGCGAAGAAAGACAGGAAGAAUUAAUGCAGUGUCUGCUCGAUGCAUUCCACUGUGCAGAACCUGGCUCCAGACGCGUCCACUGCCUCCCUCUCUUUUUGUCCCUUCUCACCUACGAUGUGUACUACCACUCUGACACAGCAGAGGGCAAUAUACACACAGAGGUCCCUCUGUCUUCCAUCUGUUACCAUGGCUCCCGGCUGGUGCAGGCACUAGCCAGGUUCCAGGAGCGCUCCCACCUCCUCAGCAGUCUACGCACACUGACCCCAGAGGACCUCCUGACACUGGCAUCUGACCCCUCUGGCAGCCACGUCCUCCAAGCUCUCAUCACCACGUCCAGCGACAAGGGAAGGGGAAAGAUCCUCAAGAGGCUGGAGGGUCAGUAUGUCCGGAUGGCGUGCUCCAGGUUGGGCAGUCGAGUACUGGAGGCCAUAUGGAGCAGCGCCUCAGUCAGUCAGAGACAAAGUAUCGCACAGGAGCUUGUGCCAAGUGAAAGCCAGCUGAGGUCCGACCAGUUUGCUCGUCACGUGUGGGCCAAAUUCGCUCUCUCCCACUUCAUCCGCCGACGAGCCCACUGGCAGGAAAUACAAACCGGCGAGUCUAAGAAGCGCAAGCUUUUUAAUGAUAUUCUGGAGUAAAAAUAAAACAAAACAAACAUUUUAGUAUGUUUUACUACAUUUGAUUGGAUGUUUGAAUUAAAAGACAGUAGAUUGCCACUACUAUGGUGGAAAAAAUGAUGAAUGGUGAAAAAUCACUUGAGUCUAUCACAGUUUAAAAAAAAAUCUGUUAAGAAAUCAUGCUGUUUUGAAUACAGUCAAAAUAUUAACAAACAUGUUU